CGGGCAGGGGAAGGAAGGCUGGCGCCCUGCGGCUGGCGCUCGGCGGGCAGGAGGCGGCUGCGCCGGUGGCUCCCCGCGUUCCUGGCGCUCGGCUGCUGGGCGCCCCACGCCAUGUUCUCGGUGCUCUCCUACGGCAGGCUGGUGGCGCGGGCGGUCCUGGGCGGCCUGUCGCAGACGGACUCCCGCGACUACAGCCUGGUGACGGCCAGCUGCGGCUUCGGCAAAGAUUUCCGCAAGGGCAUCCUCAAGAAAGGCAUGUGCUACGGGGAUGACGCCUGUUUCGUGGCGCGGCACCGCACCGCCGAUGUGCUGGGGGUGGCAGAUGGUGUUGGUGGCUGGAGAGACUACGGGGUGGACCCUUCUCAGUUCUCAGGGACUCUGAUGCGGACGUGUGAGCGUUUGGUGAAGGAAGGACGGUUUGUUCCGAGCAAUCCUGUUGGAAUUCUCACUGCAGGCUAUUGUGAGCUGCUGCAGAACAAAGUCCCUUUGCUUGGGAGCAGCACAGCAUGUAUAGUAGUGCUGGACAGGUCAAGUCAUCGUUUACACACGGCCAACCUGGGAGAUUCUGGGUUCCUGGUGGUCAGAGGGGGAGAGGUCGUCCAUCGCUCCGACGAGCAGCAGCAUUACUUCAACACUCCCUUCCAGCUGUCCAUAGCUCCACCAGAGGCAGAAGGAGUUGUCUUGAGUGACAGCCCUGAGGCUGCUGACAGCACCUCCUUCGAUGUCCAGCUUGGGGACAUCAUCCUGACUGCCACAGAUGGGCUGUUUGACAACAUGCCUGACUACAUGAUCCUGCAGGAGUUGAAAAAGCUGAAGAACUCCAACUACGAGAGCAUCCAGCAGACUGCACGGAGCAUUGCUGAGCAAGCCCACGAGCUGGCCUACGACCCCACGUACAUGUCACCCUUUGCACAGUUUGCCUGUGACAAUGGAUUGAAUGUCAGAGGGGGGAAACCAGACGACAUCACCGUCCUUCUGUCCAUCGUGGCCGAGUACACAGACUGAGGUGCUGCUGCUGCCCGAGCUCCCCGAGCUCCCCGGGCCGUUUCCUGCGGGCAGGAUUGUUCCUUCCUUCCUCCCCAGCUGCUCCUGAGCCCGGAGCCUGGCCCCACAGGCAGCUGAGGCCCUUGCUAAGAACCACUCGUAGUCCACUGGUCUUGGUCUGCCAGCAAGAGAUAAAGAAGCUCAAGGCUUGGAGCUUGUCUUUGAGAGCUUAGUCCUUGUCUGGAACAGGGGAGGAUCCAUCCCACAGCGUUGCUGCGUUGGAGAUGUGACUUUCCAAGGAGUGGGAUUGGCUGGGCACCUUUCACACUAGCUCAGUAGGUAACACCUCUGCACGAGGGCACAUUACUCUCUUUCCUAGGAACGUUCUCUGUUGUUGAGGGUGUGUUACAGACCCAGUUCCAUAAAGCAUUGUCUUGUUCCAGUGAUAGCCGAGGUUUCGUGUUUCUGAGCUCCGGUUUUCAGGAGAUUUAAAACUGCUGUAAACAUUCUGCUCUUGCCAUCCAUGGUGUCAGCCUUAGGAGCCUUUUCUAGUACGAGAUUUCAAACAAACCUAGUUCAAGUUAUAUGGAUGCAAAUGUGUUUUGUGAUUUCAGGUGCUUAACUGUGAUCUUAAAAGUUCUGCAGAUCAUUCGUCCAUAAUGGGCCUGGUUCUGGAUGUUUUGGCUGUGGAUAAUUAUUAUUUUUUUUAAACAAAACUUCUGGCUCAGUCUCAAACAGCCAAGCUGGCCACAGUUGAGGUCUUUCAGCAUUUGAACCCAUCUCAGCGUGGGAUGAUGGUAAAUGCUACGGUGGGAGGUUGCACAAAACAGCUCAGCCUCAACUCCGAGCGUCUUCACUUUGGGUAGAUGAUUCUGUUGUUGAUAUCAAACAUAAUUUGUGUUAAUAAUUGCCACUCUCGCUUGUAGAACAGAAUAUGCUGCACCAGUUUAAGUCCAGUUGAUCCUUUCUGACUCCAACAGGCACCUCCUUGCUUCUGCUGCGGCAGCGGCAGCGAGUACAAAAAUGGAAACUUAAUGAAUAAUCAGCAAAGCCUACAUUUCAUUUGAACUAAAGUUUAGGGGUUUCAAUGAUCCUUAAUGAUGUUUACAGUUAUCUAACAGCCACUUUGCAAUAUGACAUUUCCUUUUCAAUGACAGUAGCUCACGUUUGUCCCCCCUUUUCCAGCCAGCUUUCCUUUUCCUUUCCUGAGGCUCAUAUGAAAGCUGAGAGCUGUAAAGAUAUAUAUAUUUUUGGUCAGUUUUUCAUUAACUUUUUUGCUGGUAGAGAAGUAUGUAGAAAUAAAUUAAAGCCAUGUUUUUAUAUAUAAAAAGUCGGGUAAUGUUGCUGUUUAGGUGAGUGCAGUUAAACUUGGUCAGUAAGGAAUCUUGCCUGCUCUCAAGAGGAGAUUUUUACUACCUGGUUUAUUGUAUUAAAACUGUUUAAGUUUGAGGUUACCUCAACUUGUUUAAAGAAUUUUUGUGGACUUGUACUGUAUAUUUGCGUAACUAUGUCAAGCUUUUAUUUAAGGUCAUUUAACAUGUACCAUGUACAUGUCAUUUUACUAUAUUUCAGUGCAUCAUGCUUGUAACAGGCAUUUCAUUUAUAAUAAGUGAUUAAUUUGGGAGCUCUUCAGUAAUUUAUCUGCUAUUCCUCAAUUGGCAUAAUGUUAGAUAUCUACUUUAAAUCACCUUGUAAUUACUCGUCAAAAUGCCUUAACUACCCUAACUUGACCAAAAUAGGAUUUUGGUGAGGGUAUGGGGAGGAUUAUAUUAAUGAAGAAAAAUUAAUUAGUUUUGCGACACACGAACAGUGAGUGGUGGAGAACUUUGCACAACCUGUCAGUCCUUGUUGUUUUUAACCUGAACAAGCUGUCUCUGGCUGUCUUGGAGGAAUGUAUUCACAUGCAGAACAGGGCUUUGUUUCUCGUUUGGGAGGGGCCUUUCUCUCCCACUCUGGCUGUCUUUACAUUUAUCCAGUAUUUACUGCACGCUUCUGGAUUAGAGCAGAUUUGAUCAAUUCUUCUUUUCCUUUGCCCCCUGGCCCCGGGCUGUUCUCUGCUCUCAGCACAGUCCCCAGCCCUCCCUGUUCCCCUUCCCGGCUUUCCAGAGCUUUCCCUGGGGACGUGUGCGGGGCAGAGGGUCUGGAAUCCCCCAGUUCCUCCCUGUCUGUGUCCACAAAGCCGUUUGCCUCAUAUCACACCAUGACCUGUUGGGUUUUUUUAAAUAAAGAACAAAUUUGAGUUUUGAUUUACAAAUCAUGAGUUUUUCCCUCACCGGGCACACCAAAGACCAGUAAAGCUUUUAGCUUUUCCAUCUGUUUAUAAAGCAAUACUGUAUUAUAAAGAAUUGAUAUUUUUAUCACAUGCUUGAUUGUUUUGGGUUUUUUUUAAGACGUGCACUCUGAACAUAUCAAACCUGAUUUUUUCCUAUGAACUUAACGCUGUCUGCGCACAACUGAUCUUUGGAGAAGGAAAGGACAGGGCCCAUCCUAUCAAAAAUAAUUCCCAGCGAUGCAUGAAGCAGGAACACGUGCUAGGGUUAGGUCAGUGGGAAUGUUCACGAGAGGAAUGUACAGGAGAGGUGUUUGCUGAGCCUUGGAGCUGCUGCAGAGGUUGUGGUUUGUG